AUGGCCGCUGUGCAUUCACCAGAGCCCCAGAGACACCACGUCGAGCCGCUCAGCAGUUUGGAAGAUGACCCAGGGGGUAUGACAGAGAAACGCGACGAUGGGUGCACAUCUACUCCGCCUGGUUACAUUGUGGCUAAUGAUGACAGCGGUAAUGAUAAGGAAAGCAACUGUGAAACUAAAGUCUCUGGUGAUGGUGCGGCGGGGUUGUGCGCCAGUCCGACUGAAAGUGGCAUUGUGCACCAGCCAAACAAUGCUGCGAUGGUACCCAGUCUGGUAAUAGACUUAACGGCCCCCGAAGCGGAGGCCCUGAUGCACCCCGGCGUUUCCUGCGACAGCCAGCGGGAAUUUGAAUGGUCCGAAGGGGAGGAAGUGUCGGAACUUCGUCGGGAUGCAAAGCGGUCUGUCAGAAACAACGUGACUGAGGUCCAGGUAGACCUUUCACCGAAAGUGAUUGACAACGGAGUAGAAUCAAGCCCUGGAGCGGAGGAGAUGGAAGUGCUAAAGUCUUCACCAUCCCAGGACAUGGAGAAAAUGGCAAGAGACACGAGGGAAGAACUGGGGGAGAAAGGGGUCGGAGAAAAAGCGGAGGUGCCGGUCAAACAGAGAAAGAGCCGUCUGAUGUGCCAGGAGUGCGGCAAGCUCUUCACCCGCCGCGAGACCUUCAACCUGCACCGGCACUUCCACACGCACCAGGACGAGCUGGCCUCCCUGACCUGCAAGGAGUGCGGGCUCACAUUCCAGCACCGCAGCAGCCUUAUCAAGCACCGCAGCGAACACAAGGAGAAGACCGCGCCGGUGGGUGUGGACAGGAGGGCCCACAGCAGGGAGGGGAGGAGCCUGCAGUGCGAGCACUGCGGGGAAACCUUCCUCACCCUGGGCAAGCUGAGGUGCCACCCCUGCCAGCACGCCCCAGAGAAGCCCUACCGGUGCCCGCUGUGCCGCCGGGAGUUCCAGUACAGGGUGUCCGUCAAUGCCCACAUGCAGACCCACUCCCUGGACAGCCCCUACCGCUGCCUGGAGUGCAACAAGGGCUUCCAGUGCGGCCUGACCCUACGCAUCCACCAGCGGUCCCACGCAGCCCUCAAGCCCUUCGAGUGCCCUGAGUGCGGCCUGGUUUUCCGCCACCGCUCCGUCAUGGAGGACCACCGCCGCAGGCACUCCGAGGACCGGCCCCACCAGUGCGGCAUCUGCAGCAAGCGCUUCAAGUACGGCAGCCUCCUGCACCAGCACCAGUUCCUGCACACGGGCCAGAAGCCGUUCCGCUGCCCGGACUGCGGCAAGAAGUUCGCCUUCGCCCAGAACAUGCGGGCGCACUGGAGGCAGCACCGGAAGCUCUCCCACGCCUGUCCUCGCUGCCCUCUGACUUUCCUGGACCUGAACACUCUGCAGGCGCACAUGCUGGGCCAUCAGGCAGUGGAGGGCUUUGGAGGCGCGGGCAGGGAAAACGUGAAUAACGCCGAGGAUCACGAACGGUCCCACAACUGCCCUCUCUGUCCAUUGACCUUGGCCGACCUGGCCAGCCUGAAGGCGCACAUACUGAUCCAUGAGGCGGAGGAAGGUUUUGGAGGGAUGGUCAUGGAGAGUGCGCACGAGAAUGAAAAUCACGACCACUCUCUCGCCUGCCCCCGCUGUUCCCUCACCUUACCCGACCUGACCAGCCUGCAGGCUCAUAUUUUAACCCACGAGGCACCAGUGGAACAGGAGGUCGGUGGAGUAGAGAAGGCAAACGAUAACAGCAUGGAGGAAUUACCCGGGGGCGGGUGGGGGGACCAGGUGAACCGGAAGCCCCUGAAGUGUAACGAGUGCGGCAAGACCUUCCGCCAUCGCUCGGUCCUGGAACUGCACAUGCGCAUCCACUCCAGGGACAAGCCCUUUCAGUGCAAAGUGUGCGGCAAGGGCUUCAAGUUCAGCAGCUACUUGCAGCAGCACCUGAUCAUCCACACGGGCCAGAAGCCCUUCAAGUGCCCCGACUGCGGCAAGGACUUCGCCUUCCUCCAGAACAUGAAGACCCACCAGAGGCUGCACCAGCAGAAGCCGUACCGCUGCACACAGUGCCGCAAGGGCUACAGCGAGGAGAGCGAGCUGCAGCGGCACAUGGUCUCCCACACCGGCGACAAGCCCCACAAGUGUCAGCUGUGCGACAAGAGCUUUGGCCUGGCGUACCUGCUCCGCGACCACCUAAACACCCACACGGGGGAGAGGCCCCACCGCUGCCAGGAGUGCAACAAGUCCUUCCCCUGGCUGAGCAGCCUGCUGGUGCACCAGAAGAUCCACGCCCGCAAGCGGCAGGGACUCAGCCAGCCCCUCUCCCUCCCCAUCGCACCCCAGAGGGCGAGAGGGAGGGGCAGGGGCAGUAGGGGCAGGAGAGGGAGCAGGUGGGUGUCGGGCUGGCCCAGGUGGGCUGGAGGAGAGGGCGUGCCGGCACUGCCUCCACCGCCACCGUAUCCUGUUCCUAUUGCAAGAAGGCCAGAGUGGCACGAAAGGCUAGGUCAGCAGCAGCCUCCCCUCUAUGCCCCCCAGUUUAACUUCCAUGAGCAGUGGCAGCAGCAGCAGCAGCAGUGGCGUUCGGAUGGACCAGUUCUCCAGCAGCAGCAGCAGCCUGUGGGCUGGGCCGACACAGCUGCAUCAACGCAGGUGGGACCAGCCGCCGUUCAGUACGGGUCGCCCCAUCCACCACGUACCGACGGGGCAACUGUGUGGGGCUUCCAGACACCUCCAGCUGCGCCCCACACCCUAAGCUCUCCAAAAAAACCUGGGGAGGGGCAAGAGCAGCAGCAGCAGCAACAGCAGCAGCUGGGCUGGUCUGAUGCAGCAGCUUCAGCACAAAUGGGGUCACCUUUAGCUCAGCAAGAGUCCCCCCGUCCUGCUAGCGGUAACGGAUCCGCUGUGUGGGGUUUCCAAGCACCUGUGUCAAUGCCUCAGACCCUGAGCUCACCCAAAAAAACUGGGGAUGUGCAAGAUCAUCCGCAGUCUCUGGGCUGGAACAACGCACUUGCGUCAGCAAAGAUUGGCCCAACCACAGUUCAGUAUGAAGAGUCCCAUUCUCGACGUGGAAACGGAGGUGCCGUGUUCAGCUUCCAGUCACCUCCAGCAGGGCCACAGACAUUGCACAGCUCUCCAAGCAAACCUGCGGAGGGUCAAGAGCAACAGCAACAUCAGCCACAAAAGCAACAGAAACCGCCGCAGCCGAUGAUGAUGGACCCUCAAGUCCAUCCAGAUCGGACCAGCUCUGUCCUCUCUCUGCCUCCUGCUCCUCCCCCUCCACCUCCCCGUACUUCAUCAUUGCCUAUACCUCCCCCUCCUCCACUUGGUUUACCCCCAAUCUCUUUGCCCCACCCUCCGCUCGCCAUACCCCCACCUACUUCACUUGCUUUGCCCCAAAAUCAGCCCCACCAUCCGGAUGUAGCCGGGUCCAUUCCGCCACCAGCCCAAAACAACUACCUCACGCAACAGCGCAUCAUGUCUGAGAGACUGCCCUGCACCCAGGCCUUACCCCUCCUGCAGCCAGCGCAGCUGGCCAAGACCCAUCAGCUGGACUCUGGUCGCCCUCUGCCUUUCGCCCGGAACCCCCUUCUCCAGUGCAUGAUCUGCGGAUGCUCUCUACCUCGGGAGCUGGACCUACACUUACACUACAUGCGCCAUGCACAGGGAGAGAUCUGACGCUGAGCCACUGCGGAACAGAGGUCCUUCCCCAACUGUACUCAAUGCCAUACUUUGAUAUUUAUUUCCUCCUCCUUCCUCAUUACUGGCCUUUCAGCUGCCUGAUUAUUUUAGCUUCUUUUUUUUUUUUUCCUGCCAAAUAAAUAACAGCUACAGAUAAUUCAG